CCGCUCUUUCAUACAGUACCAUCUAUUCGCCUAAUUCUCAGGAGACUACUGGCAUCAUUUCACCAAGGAAGCUAAUGUGACAAAAAAAAAAGAUUCAUAUGCAGCAAAAAAGUGGGAUCUGGGAAUAAAAAUGAAUACCCAUCACGUGCAAAGAGAGAAUUUCGACUUCCUGUGACUUACAGACAAAUAGACAUCCAGCAGCACCUGGAUCAAAAAGCAUCUCCAUUCACUCCACACUAUAUUUAUGCUUUAUUAAUGACUGUCGGAACAGACGCAGUGCAGUGAAGACCCACAGAGACAGAAGGUCAGUUAUAGGAAAGUGCAUGCUGCAAAUCUAUUAUAGAUAAUAUGAGACAGGGAAGAGGGUCAUUCAAUCUUUAAAACCUUCAUCAAUAACACUGAUACCCCUUUAAAUAACAUGAUUACCAACACCAAUAAAUAAUUGGUGGCACCAGUGCUCCUCUAAUGCUCCUUUAUAGCAGAAUGAUGCUACUGAACAAAACUGAACCAGUUUUGACAGCAAAAGAUGGAUGGUUUGUGCUCAUUUGAGCAAUGAUCUUCAAAUAACUACACGUGGCCUGUGGGCUGAACACGUGUGAUUGACAGGUGCUCUAGCCACUGCCGAGAUGCCAUCAAAGGUGUCAUGCCUGUACAUGCUGACUGUGGUCUGCUGGGCCAGUGCUCUGUGGUAUCUCACUGGUUCCCGCCCCUCAACCUCCUACGUGGGUCCGAUGAACUUUGCCGUCCGCAAACCACUCCCAAGACUCUCAAAAAAUAAAACGUUGAACAACAUCCGAACACGUUCCCUAAACCCGCACAAUUUCAAGUUUCUAAUCAAUGAGCCCACCAAAUGCAAAAGCAAAACACCCUUCCUCGUCCUCCUCAUCAGCACCAACCACAAGGAGUUUGACGCCCGACAGGCAAUACGGGAGACUUGGGGCGACGAGAACACAUUCAGCGAUGUUCGUAUUCUGACUCUGUUUCUUCUUGGGUUCAGCACGGAACCGGUCCUCAACCAGAUGGUGGAACAAGAGAGCCAGAUCUUCCAUGACAUCCUGGUUGAGGACUUUGUGGAUUCCUACCACAAUCUGACCCUAAAAACUGUCAUGGGGAUGCGCUGGGUGUACUCAUUCUGCCCCGAUGCACAGUACAUCAUGAAAACGGACAGUGAUAUAUUUGUCAACAUGGACAAUUUAGUGUUUAAGUUGCUGAGACCCAAUACCAAGCCAAGGCGGCGCUUUUUCACAGGUCGCGUGAUAAACGGAGGCCCCAUUCGUGACAUCCGCAGCAAGUGGUUCAUGUCCAGAGAGCUCUAUCCUGACAGCAGGUACCCACCCUUCUGCUCUGGCACCGGGUAUGUGUUCUCUGGAGACGUUGCAGAGUUGAUCUAUAAGACAUCUCUCCAUACAAGACUCCUAUAUCUGGAGGAUGUGUAUGUGGGAAUGUGCCUGCGUAAACUAGGUAUUCAACCCUUCCAGAACAGUGGAUUUAAUCACUGGAAAAUGACCUACAGUCUCUGUCGCUACCGGAAAGUGUUGACUGUGCAUCAGAUCUCACCAGAGGAGAUACUCAGAAUAUGGAAUGAUAUGUCCAACAAGAAACAUCUCAAAUGCUAAUAAACACAAGGCAUUGUUAAAGGAAUAGUUCACCCAAAAGGUUUAUUCAUUGAAAAAAUUUCCCUCUGCCCCAUUUUCGUAGUCUUUUGUUGUCCAUUUCAGAGCUUUGGCUGAGUGGAAGAUUACCAGAAAAUAACAACAUAAAUUUUGGUCUAUUCUUCUGACAAAACUAUCGUAUGGCUAUUUAGACUUCAUAUGGGCCACUUUUAUGAUGCAGCUUGACAGACCAAGUCAACUUCCACUUUCGUUAUAUGGAAAACAACGGCCACGAUAUUCUUCAAAUAUUUACCUUUUGAGUUUCAUGGAGUAAAGUAAGGUCACACUAAUCUGUUUCCUGAUGUCAUCCUUUUCCUAGGUAUGCUGCAAUAGAGAGGUUUUCUGAAACGCUACGUUUCGGUUUUCAGUGUGGAUGAGAGGUGUAAACAUAGCAGAAUUAAUUAGUUUUUUAAACAAAAACGUAUUCGUGGCAUAAGUCAUAUGGGUUUGGAACAACAUUAAAAUGAGAAAGGAUUACAGAAAUUUUUUUUUUUUGGUGAACUAUUCCUUUAAAUUUGUGUAUAAUAAUGUUAAAACUUGAAGGUGUAAAAACAUGAUUCAUCUACUAGACUGCUGUGAAUUUAUUUGCUUUAUAUUAGUAGUGCCGACUUUCAAUGGAAAACAAAAUUAUAUUAUAAAUAACACUACAGUAUUUACUAUCCCAGAAUUAUGCCAAGUACUACAUUUAAUCAUGUAAAUCACUUUAAUGAAUGAGUAUGCAUAUUUAUGUGUAGUAAAAGCCUUUGCAAAUCAUAUAGCUCAGUUUUAGAACCUGAAUAGGAACAUUAUUUUGCCAUUGAAGGGUAUGAUGAAAUGGAAACCCUUUACAAUAAGGUUCCAUUCAUUAAUAUUAGUUAAUGCAUUAGAUAUCAUGAAGUAACUAUGAACAAUAAUUUAUAGCAUUUAUACAUUUUUGUUAAUGCUAGUUAAUAAAAAAUACAAUUGCUAAUUGUUCAUGUUAGUUCAUAGUGCAUCAACCAAUAUUAACAUAUACAACUUUUGAUUUUAUAAAUGCAUUACUAUAUGUUGAAAUUAACAUUAACAAAGAUGAAUAAAUGCUGUAAAAUAUUGUUCAUUGAUAACAAAUGGAACCUUAUUGUAAAGUGUUACCGAUGAAAUAAUGCAAAAAUAAAUUGCAUAGACACACACACACUUUGAUUUUACAUUUACAGUACAUGCAUGCACAAGAAAUACACACAAACAGGCACUCAAAUACACAUACAAGUACCUUCUUGGCAUGAAGAGCUAUUUACUCUAGCCAGUCCAGCUGAAUUAAAGAGAAACUGAGCUCCAAGCUUCGCAAAUCAAUCAGCCAAGGAUACUGAAACCCAAUACAAAACCACUGGUCCCCCAAAAAAACCUUUCCAAUGUAACCUUUUAACCUUUUCAAUUAGUAUGUGCUUUGUAUUUUUGACAGCAAGUGAUCGUGUGCUGCAUUAGUGUAUAUUUAGCCAUUCAAUUGUGUACUGCAGGUGGAUGAAUAAAACGGGGCAAAAAUGGUCUUGUAUUAUAAUAAUGUAACAUAGCACACAUGAAAAGGCCACGCUGGGACCAUGCACUUUAUUUUGUAUAUGAAAACUCAUGGACAGAUCUGUUUAGCACUGCUGACUGUAUAUUGAAUAAACAUAUCCACUUUUUCUAAAAGUAUCACUGUUCUGUUACGUCUUUUAUCACUGGGCAUAGUAAUCUGGGAGUGAAAUAAUCUGAUUGGUCUAUUGAGAAUAUAUUAUUAAUAACAUACAAUUUAUUAACAAUUACAUUUCAUGAGUCAAAGUGACCACAGACAAAUACCUCUACUAAAAA